CGGUAUUAAAGAGAGAAAAAAACAGAAGACUGGAAGUGUCCCAGAAGAAGUCGUCUUCAUCUACACCGACGCCGUAAGAACAGCAUUCCCGCCAAAAUGAGGGAGUGCAUCUCGAUCCACAUCGGCCAGGCGGGCGUGCAGAUGGGCAACGCGUGCUGGGAGCUGUACUGCCUGGAGCACGGCAUCCACCCGGACGGGCAGAUGCCGUCCGACAAGACGGUCGGCUACGGCGACGACAGCUACAACACCUUCUUCAGCGAGACGAGCACGGGCAAGCACGUGCCGCGCGCCGUGUUCGUGGACCUGGAGCCCACGGUGGUGGACGAAGUAAGGACCGGCACUUAUAGGCACCUAUUUCAUCCAGAACAGCUGAUUACCGGUAAAGAAGAUGCAGCUAAUAAUUAUGCCAGAGGACAUUACACAAUAGGCAAGGAGUGCAUCGACCUGACUCUGGAUCGCAUACGCAAGAUGUCGGACCAGUGCGCCGGCCUACAGGGGUUCCUCAUCUUCCACUCGUUCGGCGGCGGCACGGGCUCCGGCUUCGCCUCGCUGCUGAUGGAGCGCCUCUCCGUCGACUUCCCCAAGAGGAGCAAACUGACCUUUUCCAUCUACCCUGCCCCGAAGGUGUCCACGGCGGUAGUAGAGCCGUACAACGCCAUCUUGUACACGCAUCCCACGCUCGAGCACUGCGAGGUGGCCUUCAUUGUGGACAACCAGGCCAUAUACGAGAUAUGCCGGCGUAACCUCAACAUCGACCGCCCCACCUACACCAACCUCAACCGUCUCAUCGGCCAGAUCGUGUCCAGCAUUACAGCAUCUCUAAGAUUUGACGGUGCUCUGAACGUGGACCUCACGGAAUUUCAAACCAACCUCGUCCCAUAUCCAAGGAUACACUUUCCACUGGCGACGUAUGCGCCAGUCAUAUCAGCAGAGAAGGCAGGCCACGAGCAGUUGACAGUGGCGGAAAUCACGAAGUCGUGCUUCGAACCCAAUCAUCAGAUGGUGAACUGUGACCCUCGCAAGGGGAAGUACAUGGCCGUCUGCAUGCUGUACCGCGGAGAUGUGGUGCCUAAGGACGUGAACUCCGCCAUCACACAGAUAAAGAACGAGAAGACUAUACAGUUCGUGGAGUGGUGCCCCACUGGAUUCAAGGUGGGCAUCAACUACCAGCCGCCGACAGUGGUGCCCGGGGGAGACCUGGCCAAGGUGAAGCGAGCCGUCUGCUGCCUGUGCAACACCACAGCCAUCAUGGACGCCUGGAUGCGGCUCGACCAUAAGUUCGACCUCAUGUUCGCCAAGCGCGCCUUCGUACACUGGUACGUCGGGGAAGGCAUGGAGGAAGGCGAGUUUUCCGAGGCCAGAGAAGACCUGGCGGCCCUUGAGCUGGACUAUCAAGAGGUUCAGGAUGACGCUGUCUCGGAAGAAGAAAAUGACGAAUAUUAGCUGGAACGCCAGUUAGAGCCCGUCGGAACACAAACCUUACCAUCUCGGUGCCUUUCCACCGUUUGAUUUUGAACAUUUCACAACUCUUUUACUUUACAUUAAUCAUGUGACACUGGCCAAGUGUAACACUGUGAACACCGCAACAUUUUUGACAGAACACAAACUGGAUUAACUCACCAGAAUUACUAUUCUAUUACUAUCCUAUUGAGUGGUGGCCAGGCACGCAUUACUACAUACUAAUACAUGGAUAAUAUCUGAAGGAUAGUCCAGCUGAUGGUCAAUGCUAUGUUUCUAGACACCUAAAACAUUAGGUAAAGUGUAGUGUAUGCUUUGAGAAAAUAAUUCAAUAAUCUUACUUUAUGGAAGCGAUUACGCUUAAAAAUAGAAAUUCAAUUCAUAUUUAUUAAUAUUAUAACGUGAGGUCAAAUGUUAGUUGCACAAUGUUUUGGGUGUUGCAAUAUGGUGAUGGUAUGAUUGAAAGUGACUUCACCCAUCACAGCAUGCCAUCGCCUGACAAUUCCUAACUCCACGAUUCUAAAUACUCUCCUAUAGUUAGAUGAAUUAGUUUUUGCCAUAGUCAAGGUGUGGUUGUGUGUAAUCACUCAAUGGUUUAAUCUUCGCCAUGUUUAUAAAUAAAGACGAAACAUUACAGGAUACAAUGCAGUUAAAUGUAGAAUGCUCUACUGGCUGGGAACGAUGCAUAUGUGCAAGUUUAUUUAGCAAAGUGGACGAAACUAAAAAUAAAUCUUGUCCUACAGUAUGGUAACAUGAGUUUUGGUAAUACAAAAUGCAAUACUAAAUCCCAAAAUAUGUUGACAAUAUAGGUUAUAAAUACUAUCACUUCCCACUCUUAUCAGUAUACAAGCAGGUGGAUUGUUGUGACAGUAACCGGAACAAAGGUGGUGUUACUAAGCACUAUGACAUACAUAUCAGCAAGACAACAGUUUUCAGGCUACAACUCUUUAAUUUUUGUCAAAUUUGCCUUUUUUUAAGCCAUUCUAAAAAAUAAAUUCAGUGCUGAAUACUAAUGAUUUCACAGAAGAAAAUAUUUGCUGUAGCAAACUGGUUUCAUUUUUAUGGCAUAUGUAAAAUUGUGAAUUAUGACAAAUUUUCAUUAUGUUAAAAAAUGUUGAAUUGAAAACUAUUUAUCUAAGAGAGAGAAUUGUAAUAAACACUUCACAUUUUUAUUGCACAGUCUCAGAGGUGAGGUUUGCGAGAGCAUAGAUGUAUUUCAAUUCAAUUCAAUAAAAAUUCUGUUAUUUUAAAUGACUGGAUGAUGAAUACAUCUUAACUUAUAUCUUUGCAUUUUCUGCAAUACUUAUAAUUCUACGAAAAGUGUAUAGAAUACAUAGAACUAAGACUUUGCAAACUGGGAUAAAAUAGUUAAAAAUAUACAUGAAACUUAAAUCAACAUUUCCAUCUUUUAAAAAAAACAAUCUAUUAACAUUUUAAAAAAAUCGCAGUUGGUAAAGUUGACCAUACUUAUUGUAAUCAUAAAAUGUUGCAAAAGUGUCUCACAUGUGUUUGAAAAAAAUUCAAAUUUAUAAAAAUAAAAAAACUUUUUUUUAAACAUUACACUUUAGCACAUGAAGGCACACAUUUUUUUAGUGCAUUACAAACACACAGGAUUUUUACACAAGUGACAUAGAAUCCCAUGAGUAGUAGGUUGUCCUCUUCUCAAGUUGUUCCUCAGUAGUGUUAAAAGUGACACUCUCAUCAGUGAUACUCAGCACGCUUCGAAUACAAGCUCUCGAUUCACAUGGAAAUUCAACAUCGUUACAUCUUCUUUGCAUGGACGACUUUAUGAGAGCUCACAGUACUGUUUUCAUAAAAAAAAAACAACCUACAGAUACAGUAUUUUAUUCGAUAGCCUUUUCCUGAUAACUUUCAACUGGGUAUGAGUGUUGUGGUUAUGAAGAACUACUGGAAAAGACAGUAAAUGCAAUGUUUCUUCAUUUUCUUUUGAAACAGUGAAAAAUACAAAAUGAUUUUACUGCACUUACAUCUAUCAAAUUAUAAAAAUACAGCCAUUGGCCACCUUUGUGUUCGAUUCCCAGUAAAAUAAUUGGCACACACGUUUUAUCCACGGCAUCAAUGCCUUCUUUCAUUGCAUUGUAGCAUACAUAUUAUUUAUGGCUCUUGUGCCUCCUCAUCAAAAGCAGCAUUAUGAUGGACUUAGAAAACAAAAAAGAUAGCCUUCAGUUUCUUUGGCACAUAAGACCAGAGUAAUGUCUUUUGUGAAACUAAAAAGAGCAAACCAUUCAGCUCAAGAACGUGCUGGUGGAAAUGUGUUCUGGACUUUUUUUUUUCCUGAUAGUACCAGCAUAUUUUAGUCCUUUAGUGGGUAAUGCAUUCAUCAAUUCAACUGAAGUAAACCAGUUGACAUGAGCCACAUUUCUGUUCAAGCCUUUGAAUUUCUGAAGACAACUGGCAUUUGGCCUAAAAAAAAAGUUUUUUUUUUUUGGGACUGAUAAGUCAUCAGAAUUUUUGCUAUCCUUACGUAGCCAUUGUGAAAAUGUGUUUUUGCAUUUACAAGAGAGACAACCUUCAGUUCAUGUUUACAAAGUUUAACGGUUUGAGUUUGCAGUAUCCCAUAGAGCUUAUAAGCAUUUAAUCAACACCAGCAGAAGAUCUGAAGCAGUUUAACACAAAUUGUUUGGAACAUGUUAAAAUGAAGUGGUAAUUUUUUUCUUUCAGAGUCCUUGAAAGGACAAAUGUAGCCAUAAAAUUACAUGAAUUAUUUACUUAAUUAUUACAUAUUAUGUUUUAAGAAGUAAAACAAUUGACAAACCCCAUAUCAUAAAAAAAUUUACACUUGCCUUGUGCUAUUACCUCAAGAUCUCAUGGUAAACACAGCAGCCCUGGUUUGCAGACUCUAAAUACACAGUUUUUUUCAUACAGAGCAAUUUCAGUGUUUGGGUGUAAAAUUCUUAAGACAAAACUGAUAUUAAAAUGUUCCACAGAUAGUGUUUACGACUGAACUUACUGGAGGGGUUUGUGUUCCAUGUAGAUUUUAAUUAUGUGUGGAGACGUAAAGAAAUUCAAAAAAUUGAUUUUAUUGUCCUGCUAGUGAGACAAGUAAAAAAUUAAUCUGUUAUGUUAUAUUUAUAUAAAAUUAGGUAUAUAAAAUAUAUUUAAUCUGUUUGAAUAAUUGAUUCUACCUAUUAAAAUUUUAGAAGUAGUAGCUUAAGAGGGAGAACUUAUUUAGUUAUAUUUUUUCUAUUCCAUAAUAAAAUAUUAA